AUGGAGGAGAUUGGCUGCGCAAAUUUUCUAAAACUUAUAAAUGUCACCCCAGCGGCGCUCGCCUCCCGCGCUUCCGCGCGCUCUGCCGCGCAUGCCACAACACCUCUCGACCUCCUCUGCACCACCACGACCGCCCACCCACGCGUCGCAGUCGAUAUGUUGCCGCACGGCACGCCCAUCAAAGCGCGUGGAAAUUCAUCCAGUACCCGUGAACGCGUUGUGAUCCUCUGCCAACCAUGGAGCAACCUGGUCGCAAACGGCGCUUCGGCAAGAGGACGGCGGGAGCAGACUGUACAGACAGCAGCCAACGCACUCCCGAACGCCUGCCCUCGUCGUUUUGCUCAAACGGCAACGGAUGAAACCGAUAUUGCUCUCCAUUUCUGCAAGAAGGACCGCGCCUCUGUUCACCGUGACAACACCCUCGCGACAAGGAGCGCUCUCAUCGUAGCAUCUCGUCCUCUGUGUCUCAAACACCAUCGUUGCCGUAGGAGUCUUGACCAAGACAAGGACGCAGCAGACCGCCACCGCGCUUUGACGGGUGCAGCGCAUGCGCCUCGCGCUUGGCCCCUACCAUCGCGCACCCAAAGCGCUACCGACGGCAAUGCGCAUGAGCAAACUUGCUCUACGGCGCCUCUGGAAUCAUUUCAUCCGAGCGACCUUCAUCAGUUCAUCCCCACUUCUGUCUACACGACCAAGCCCCUGAAGCACGUCUCUACGGUUUCGACAUCUCUACACAGCGGAGACACCACCACGAUGGCUCCAAAGCCCAAGAACUCCAAGCCCGACAAGGGUAAGGAGAACGCCCCUGCCGCCAAGAAGAAGUCCAAAGCAAAAGAGAAAGAAGUCAACAGCCCUUCAGGCUCUGAUGUGGAAAUGGGUGGAAUGGAGCCAGCCUCCGAGGCCGCAACGAACCCUCCUCCCACCUCAUCCCCAGGUGAGGAGACCUCACCUCCUCCGCCAGCGGGCGGCCGCUUCAGCCAGUUCAACAACCUCACCGGAACGCGCCAGUCUACCGCUGUCAUCAACGAGUGCAUCGCCCUCUACUCCGAAAUCCAGCGCGCUCAAGUGAAGAAAGCCAACCCACCUUCCGCUGCCGACGUCGACGACUUUGUGAAGUGUCUCCACAACCGCGAGCGCUUCUUUGCCAAGGACGAUCGCUUCUACACGUGGGCGGCGCAAAUCUUUCCCACCUUGAAGGGCGAGACAGAUGAGGAGCUGAGACUUGAUGUCGUCGAGGUGGAGAACGUUUUCGAGAAGGUGAAGAGUCUCAUCCCAGCGCAUUCCAAGUUGGAGAGCAUUCUGUCGGACAAGUACGAAGUUGCACUGCUUUUUGUCCAGAACACCAUGGACAUGGACAAGGACUUGAGAAAUGCAAUGAUCAUGGCAUUUCACCAGCUCUACAAGGUCAUGACCUGGGAGACUCCAACUCACCUGAGCACAUUCGUCGCUGGUCUUUCUCCAAACUCUCGAGGCCUUGACGCCGCGGCUGGUCUGUUCGAUCCACCUGCCGGUGAACAGACUUUACCUGGUGCGGCGAAGAAGUCUCUCGGCGGCAGCAAGCCCGGCCAAGGCAAGCAAGGCGGCGCCAGUGGCAAGAAGCCUGGUGCAGGUGAUGGAGAAGGUGAGGAGGGGAGUGAGGAAGAUAGUGAGGAGCGGAGUAAGGAGGAGAGUAAGGAGGAGAGUGAGGAGGAGAGUAAGGGCGAGAGUGAGGGCGAGAGUGAGGGCGAGGGCGAGGGCGAUGAUCAAGCCAAGUUCGACAAGAUGGCAAAGGCAUCAAAGAGAUUUGGCGACACACAAACAGGUCUUGCUCAGCUCGGCAACACAUGCUACCAGGCAUAUGCUUUGUGGGCGCUUGUCCACUGCAGGGCUGUCAUCAAAUGGGUUCGUGAAACAGUUGACGACGGCAAGAUGCCUGUCAGUGCUUUUGGUCAAACGAUCUUCAAGAUUCUUCUGGCACUCGACAAUGGUGAGUUACGCGAAUCGCUCUCGCUCUUCCGGCGUAUUCAGACGCUCCUCGCCCCCAUGGAGCCCUUCACUGGCAUCGACUUCUCACAUGGCCACCAACAAGAUCCUCACGAAUUCUUAUCACUCCCGAUUCGCACGCUUGCCAUCAAACCCCAAAAGGAGAAGGACGAUGCGAACGCUCCCGACGAUGCGAAUGCCCCAGUCGAGACGCUCACCGAUGUAAUCGACUUCAGUCUUCGUCAAGAUACGGUCUGUCAAUGUGGUUCUUCAGAAGCCCGGUACCCAAUCCCAGAAUGGCAACUCAACCUCGAAGUCCCGCGACAAGAAAAGGCCGUGAACUUGGUUGAAUUACUCGCGACAAAGACGACGUACUUCGAGAAGUCAGGCCUCAAGCGCAUAUGCAAAGGUUGCAACGAAGCUGCUCCUCCUAGAUUCGUGCAUUCGAUCGGUAUCGAGAGAAAGAAUGAGGCUAACCAGCUCAACGAGAUAUUCGCGACCCUUGGACUGUGGACAUACGACACCGAAGAGACGAAGAAGAUUCGUACUCCAACGAUCAUCCCGACGAAGCCUCUUCCUGUCCUGGGGCUGGGUCGUCUAGUCUUUGUCGUCUUCAAGGGUCACCACGUUGGUCACCGCGCCGACGGAGGCCAUUACUUCGUUGACAGCCGUAGGAUGCCAAGCGAGACUCUCACCGCAGAUGUCAUCACCUCAAAGCCAAACGACGCUCUCGACGAGUUUGAGUAUUGGGACCGCUACAACGAUGAACAGAAGCAGCUGAGAAUCACCGACAAUCAGAGUCAAUACAUCUACGGAUCCAGAGCUCCCGUAUAUGGUGUGCUAUUGCGGCCCUUGUCAGAUGCUGAUAUGGCGGCCAUCGCAGCUGCUCUGGCGGAGAGCAGGAAGGAACAAUUUCAGGACACUGCCAUUGGUUUCUACGAGGACCAGGACGAUGUCCCACUUCGCAAUGCACUAGCAGCGGUUCUCGACUCCGUGCUCCAGUACUUUGUGUCGGUUUUGAACGAGCUCCCACGACUGGAGGAUGAGUAUUGGGCAGGCUUCAAUCUUGGUGGCACCCAGGGCCUGGCAACGAACUUGCUCACUUCUGCUCGCACGACGUUGACUGGUACCUUCUGCCGCGGCCGUGACUUCGCCAAGGCAUUGUGGGAGGCGAUAUUUCGCCACAGCAACAUCGGCACCCAGCUCACGCAGGUCGUGGCCAGGGAAUCCAAUUCCUAUUUGGACGCACGUCUCAAACAGCAGCGCCAUAACCGAGAGGUCGACGUCCCUUUCAGCUGUCCACCUCCACCUUCAAGAUCGGGAAACAAGGAUCGGGACUUACAGAAAGCACUUGCCGCAUCAAGGAAGCUUGAGUCUGAAAAGCAGCUCGCAGCGGCCACGAAAGAGUCUCUCAAACUCUACAAGGAAGAGCAGGCUCGUCGAGAGAAGAAACCCGAGGAGCAGUCCAAGAAGGCAGCGGCCAUGCCGAAGAGUGGUCAAAAGAAGGCCGACGACGCCAACACCAAAGGCAAGGCCGGCGCCAAAGGCAAGGCUGGCAGUGGUGCACAACAGCCACGUGUUGGAGACAAGUUCGAGCGACCUUUCAUCAUCAGCUCCAAGCACUCCUCUUCCUCACCACUGGCGCCCUCUGAGCGUUCUCCUUCUCCGCCGCCGCCAAACUCUCCCGACGACCAGCAGAAAGACUGGAAUACGGACGACAGUGAAGACGACGACGACGACGAUGACACCCAGCCUCAGCCCCGCGGCCAUGAUGCAUCGCACAACAUCGUGAUGUACGACGUGAAUAACCAGCUGCUGUUCUCUGGUAAUAGCGCUGAUGCUGAGGAUCUUGAGCACCUCCAAGCGCUCCCAGACAUCGAGCAACACCGCACUUCAGUCGCCAUGUGGGAGGGCAUCGCCCAACAGCACAGUCACCGCUCCGCCCAAGACUGGUUCGAAUUCUAUCGCACGAGGGCUCGUCGAGCGUACAUGGACCACUACUAUCUGGAAGGCAGUUCGGAUGACAACGACUUUCCAUUUGGUGACGCUCCACCAGCUCGAGGUUUCAAGCGCCGCACGGCAUCCUCGCCAGCUGGCUCUCGACCGCCUGCGAAGAUACAACGUGACUUACCUGAGUUGCCUUCUUCACCACCGCCAUAUUUUCCAGCUUGCGGAGAUGACGACGACAAGAUGUCAAUGGACUCACCAGACUUGCCGGCUUUGCCAGAGAAUCCUGUUGAUGCUCCCGACAAUCCCAGCGACCAACCAUCUGGCCAAGUUGAACCCACGUCUCCGACCUUGACCCGCACGUUCAGCCAGGCACGCCUUGAGGCACCAGCGCGGCGUACUCGUGCGGCGCUGGGUGAGGAGGAGCCUCAGCCGCCUCGAACGGAAGACCCUCCGAGCGGGUCACCUCAACGAGCGGGUGCGAGUGUUGCGUCGCUGUCCACAGCGGUCGCAGAGUCCAACAGGCAGCAGACGACAGAUCCGAGCAGCAGCCGUGGCUUGUUCCUUCCCAGCAUCGACCCAAAUGCACCUUCAGGUGCCGGCACCUACCUCGGUGGCAGAUCGUCGACUCGCUCAAACCUCAGUCUAGAGCGCUCGUUGCGUGCUCAUGGAUCGACGAAUCGUCACCUUCAGCUGUCCAGGAACCGCGGCGGCCUGGAGCGUGCUGGCUUGGUCCCGCCAUCUCCAACCACUGCCACCCGUCCCACUGCUGCUCAAAUCGAGGAGAGAUUCCAUGCCAACCAACCACGACAACUCCGUCCUACUCAACGUGGACCUGUCGUCCCAGACAGUGAAUCUGGCGAUUUGACAUCAGGUGAUGGGAGCGAAGUGCCAAGUGAUGGCAGGGGACGACCAGGCGAGACGAGGACUGAGGCGAGGAGCGAUGGUAGCGGAGGACCCAGUGAGGCGAGGACUGAGGGCAGCGGCGAGGGCAGCGGCGAGGGCAGUGGAGGCACCGAAGAGCAGUCAUCUGAGCGACCAAGCGAGAUGCCAACGUGA